AUGGCUGCUGGUGGGAAUUUGGAAAUCCCGAAGGGUUUCUUUGCCUCACAAGAAGAGGCAAAUGAAGUAUUUGGAUCAAUUCAAAACCCUCAAAACGAAGAUGACCGACGAAGGAUCCGUGAAAAUUACAGAAAACUUCAAGAUGAUCUUUAUGGUAAAUAUCAUAUAACAAUCAAACUUCCACAAGUUUGGAGCAGUAAUGAAAUUAAUAUGAUUAAUAAGACUAUAAUUAAUAGUAAUAGUCUUUAAUAUUAAUAGUAAUAGUGAUACAUAUUCAUAUAUAAUACUAUACUAUACCUAAAACUAAGACUUCAACUAAUCUAGUCCUAAUGAGGAAGAAUGAGUAAUGUACGUCGAUAUAUAAUUAAUAAUAUAUAUUAUAUACUAUACUGAAUUCAGAAUCAGUAUUUAUUUAAAAGUAGAAAUUGAGGCUUAGUUUCUGUGUAGGAUCCUCUCCCUGGUAACCCCACCUCUCCCUUUUGACUUAAGUUUUUUUCAAUUUACAUUUCAUUACUAUUACUAUAUUAAUAUUAUUAAUAUUAGUUUACUGUUAAUGUUAAUUUAAUAAUUACUAUACUUAUACUAUUGAUAUUAAUAUUAAUAGAGUUAACUUUUCUUUUUUUUUAAACAUUAAUAUUUGAUUGGAAUGUUUUAAAUUAACAUUUCAUUAGGUGGUUAAUUUUUAAUUAUAUUUAAAAUACAAGUACAAGGCAAAAUUUUUCUGGUGUCUCAGUCUUAGAAUAACUUUUGAAUAAGCAUUGUAUCGUCAUCAAUUUUUAUGACAACUUUUGGAUUUUAUUUUUGGUGGAACCUGCAAUAUAGUCGUUAAAGUGUGUAAAAGUUUAUUUGAUAAAACUAAGUUGGGUUUUAAUUAUUUAAAAAAAUGUUUUGUAUUUUUUUUUUUCAUUUUUGUCCAUAGUCUCCAUAGUGUGUAACUGUAGCCCACAUGUUUUCGUUAAGGAAAGAGAGCAACUGCAGUGUCUGCAGGCGGUUGACAUUUCUUGGGAUUCAAUAAAGUUCUUACUACAUUUGCCACGAAAUUAAUGUACCUGCGGAAAUAACGCCAGGAAAGGGGGUGACCAAAGUUUGUUAACAGUUUUUGCUGCAUAUCUAGAGGCAUACAAUGAAGCUGCUACAUUCAUAUUAUUUAUGCUCAAGUUAGGGGAGGGGGGCCAAAUUUACAAUGGAAUUUACACUUGAGUUAGGGAUACUGACUUAGUGACUUAGCAAUUGAGUUAGCUAGAGUCGUGGUAGAUUUUAGGAUUGAAGGUAUUUCUAAAAAAAUUGUUAUGCUGAUACUUAGGUCUAGGAAAUAUUCAAUUAUAAGCUAGUUUAUAUCAAAAUAUUUGAUAACUUUUUUUUUAGAAUGAACUUAGAAUUAGAAGGCAUUAAAAAAAAACCAAAAUUUGAGGUUUAAAACCUUGUUAGUCCAUAUUAUAAGUUAUAAUAAUUUAUAGUUUUCAGUGCCAGUGUCAUGGGCGACCAUUCAGUUACUUGCUUAUGACUAUACUCUAUUUAUUAGAGUUUCAUUCAUAAGACUAAGAGAUAGAAUUAAUUAGCCAUGUGCAAAAGUUGAAAGUUCAAAAUAACUAGUCUCUACUAACAAGUAUAUUUUUUUAAGAUGGACGCAUUGCUUUAAUAAAGACAUUUAUAUUUAAUGGACGCCUUAGACGCCAUAUCGUAGGCCUAUAUAUUUAUUUUACUAUAAAUGUAGAGUAAAUAACUAGAUAGGGUACAAUUUUAUAAUAAUUGCAUAAUAUUAUUACUUUUUAAAAUAGCUUUAAUCCUCAAAAUAAAAGUUGUAUAAUUAUCUUUAAAAUAAAUGUUAAAGCAUGUGACAUGAUCAACAGAAUCGGGUCACAAAUUGUUGCGGUGCAUCCAUGGGAAAAAAAAUACAAAUGAUCUUGCACUUUUAAACUCUUAGCUCAAAAAGUACUAAAGCUAGAAAGUUGAUUAGUUUAAUUUUUUUUUCUUUCUAGUUUGCUCCUAACAAAUGUUGAAACUUACAAUUUUUGGGAAUUUUAUAUUUUAAAAAAAUUAGACAAUAUAUUCCUUUUAUGAAUAAAUUAUCACAAUACGUCGAAAAUUAAAAAAUCAGAUCUUUGUGUGCCCACUCAUAUUUCCUAUACAAAUUUAAUAGUGGUCUCCAUUGUUCUAUCUAAGUGUCUAGUAUAAUAUGAUAUUGAUUUAUAAGUCCUAUACCAGCAAAUAGUCAUAGUACAGUAACGUCUUAUACUUAUAGCCUACACACUAUAGAUAGUUACAAUUACAACUUACCCUAAUAUGCUCUACUAAUAUAGACUGAUGAUGAUUAAAUUAUUCUUAGGCUGAGGCUGAUAAUAUUUUAUUUAUUGAAGUAAAAUAAAGGAAUUAGGGUUGAAUACACAACCUUACGUGUAUGGGGAGGGUCACAAAUUUGUGAUGGUGUAUGAUAAAGGUGUCCAAUUUGUGUUACAUUUUUGUGGCAAUUAGGAGAAGGAAUGAAAAAUUGAUAUAAAUUGACAUUAAAUAAUUGUUAUUAUUUAUGGAUGGCCAUCCAUAAAUGAUCUCAUACUACCUUGGUCGAAUUUCCUUUCCAUUUUUAAAAUUUUUUGUUACCUUCCUUGUCUUUAACUGGUUUCUCUGGCUUCUUGUAUUUUCCUAAGAAGAGCUUUCUUGUUAUAUCAUAGAGCUCAUUCAUAUUUCCCUUUCUUGCUUCUUCUUCAGCUGUUGAUGAUAGAUCAUCUAUGUAAGCUAUUUUACCCUUUUAAUACCUUUCUUGACUCUUCCAUUUGCUUCUUUAUAUUUCUCCUGUGCUUUUCUUUUCUCUGUCUUAGUGCGGCUGUUAACAACAGACUUCAUUUCUUUCCUCUUAUUUAGUUUUUGCAACGUGUUAAGUGAGAGCCAAUUUUUGUGUUUGUGCUUCACCUAAUACCUCAUUGAACAUGAAUGUUAAAUUAUGUUUUGCCAAUGAAGCUCUAUCUGUUUAUCAUCUGCUUGGUCUUGCAGUAUGCGGAACUUAUUUUUUAAGGCAACACUGAAUUCUUGUCAUUUUUGCUUCUUUGCCAGAAAUGAUUUGUAUUUUAGUCAUCUCGCAACUGGCCCAUUCCAAUUUUUCUUCAGUGUUAGCUUGAGUCUUGCCCAAAGUAGAUGGUGAUCAGAUGCAACAUCAGCUCCUCUUUUAGCUAGUAUGUCUUGUAGAGACCUUCUGAAUUUUUAGCUUAUGCAUAUUCUGUCGAUUUGGUUUUCUUUUCUGUUAUCAGGGGGCACCCAAGUUACCUUAUGGAUUUUCUUAUGCUGGGAUACACUGCCCCAAUCAUGAGCUCAUUUGAUGCGCAGAAGUCUGACAGACUUUCAGCGUUUGUAUCUUUCUUUCCUAAGCCAUGUUGUCCCUUAAUUUAUUCAUCAUCUAUCUUCUUUUCCAACCUUAGAAAUUAGAUCUCCCAUUAUGAUAUUUAUAUCAGAAAAGUUUCUAGUUAAGCCUGUAGUCUAUUGUAGAAAGAUUCAUCUUCCUGACUAUCAUUGGUGGGUGCAUAGCACUGUAUUGAUGGGUGCUAUUUGGCAGAGUGUUCAAUCCCCAGCAAAAGGCUAGAUAAGCAAAAACAUAGGACUUGUGAACCUUGGGUGGCAACUCAUCUAAAAAAAGAAAAACUCUGAAUUCAACUCUGGAGAUGGAUUCUCAUAGGCGGUAUGAAAUUGACACAAUGAAAAUUCCGGCAACUCCUGCCACAGGGAAAGCAUAAAGAGCACAACGAAACACGCAAAAAAAACUGUUGGUCGUCUUAUGAAUCCUGGUCUAUUUCCAGUCAUCUUGAUUAAGUCUUGGAUUUGGAACAAAUAGGCAAGGAUGAUAGAGGGAGACUGACGCAUUGAGCAACACUUCCUCACUUUAAACAAAAUACAGCUCGAGUCAAGGCCUUAAUUUUCUAAAUCCAUUUUUUCUUAUACCCAUUGGGUAGAUAAUCUAUUGAAUUACAAUGGCAGAGAUUUUAUUAUCAAAUUUCAUUGCAAUCACAUCUAAAUAACACUUGUUGGUUGGGCUUUCAAGCAAAUCCAAAAAUUUGCAUGCAUUCCAAAUAUUGAAUUUCUGAAUUGUUUUCCAUAUGGUUGUACGGUUUUUUGGGGGGGACUUUUUUUUACAUAGCUUUUUCUUCUGCAGGUUGGCAUCAAUGUUCCCUCUAAGGUUUUCUGGUUCGUGUGCAAAAUCAUACAGUUGUGUGCAAAGUUUCACAGCAUCAAAUUCUUUUGUGUGCAAAAUUUUACAGCCCAUAAACACAAACACACACUCACAUGGAAAUUUACUGUGCGAUACUCAAAACUGCUGCGCGGCGUCUGUGAGAUAGCUGCGCAGCCGCACGGCUUAAAGGGAACAUUGGUUGAUGAUUAAAUUGUAGCCAGCAUUAUGCCAUAUGAAUUUGUUUAUAUUUGAGUUGAUACAUCAAUUGCUGUAUUUUUUCUCCAGACCAUUACCUACUUUUAUAAUAUGCAUUUUCAGAUCGUAGACAGGAAGUCAUUAAUCCUUCUGAUGAACAAGAUUUACUUACCAGUAAUGUGCUUAAAGUUGAUCAAAUGUUUAAAGAAGGUAAUUAAUCUAUUUUUUUUUUUUUAUUGAUGUCCUAUGUCUAAAUUAAUUUUUUAAUCGUGUUAUGAUUUAUUAUUAACAUAUUUUUAUAAAAUAAAUUUAUUUAUUUUAUUUUUUUUUUCAGUCCAGACCACAAGAGAAGGUGCUUUGGAUUCAGCCAGCCUUGCAAAUAUAUCUGAGUUAGGAAAAGCCAAAGCACAAGCCUUAAAAACUGACUUUAUUUGUUUUAACCCUACAAAUUUUUGCGAACAAGUGGUAAUAAUUUUAACUAUAAUCUUUAAAUAUCAGGCUGAUAGAUAAAUCAUAUUCAUUUAAAUCAGGCUUUUAGACAAGGCAUUGCUUCUCGCAUUUCUUGAUCAUCUCGCCAUUUUUUAUCAUCUCGACAUUUUAAUGGCACUUUCCAUCGAUCAUUUCAAUUUAUUUUUUAUACCUAGUGUUUUGGAAAAUGAAAAAAAUACUGGAUGUUGAUUUGCAUUGUCUUGCACACCACAUUAUUUUUUGUGUAGUGACAUCAUGUUUUUAUGCUGUCUUGUCUUGUGCUCCCUUUUGGUAGGACUCCAUAUUGUUCUCCUACAAUAAAACUUUGAACUAACCUUGAUGCUUAUUUGAUUAUCUUCCUUGUGAAGUAGCUUAGCAAUUUAAUAUUUUCAACAUGGUGACACCUGAAAAUGAUAAAAUAAUGUGUGACCUUGAAAUAUGCCAAAAAGCAAUAAGCACCCCCAGUGGAAUAUUUAAGCAUGUUUGCACAUUGACUACAUUCAAAUGUUUGUUAGGAAUUAUUUAGGCCUCAACAAUCAGAAAAUUCAAUAAAAUUUUGUGAGCUAGGCAUGUUUAUUCUAAGUGUAAAAAAUAUUGCAUAGAUAAAUUAUGCAAAUCAGGAUAUCUGAGAUUUCACUUUAAUUCAUACAGAUCAUAUUAGUUCAUUCAAUUCCCUACAAGAAUGUAUAGUUUUAUAUUUGCAAAAUACCGUAUUAAAACACGCACCUCAAUUUAAGAAGGAAAUUUCAGGAAAAAAACUAAACAUUAUAUCGGCGUAUAACACACACACAUGAUUUGCCCCCUAUUUUCGGGGAGAAAAAGUUUGUGUUAUACGCCAAUAAAUACAGUAAUUAAUUAUUUUUUACACAUUCUAUUUUAAAGUAAGUGCAGGGCUUGUGAAAAGGGCUCCAUCUUCUUGUCACAAACAGUCCAAAAAGGUUACGUUUCAAGAGGGUUAACUGAUCUGAAAUUACGUAACCUAUUAUUGUUUUCUAGUUAUUAAUAAAAAGAAAUCUAGCUGAGCUAGAGUUUAGAAAAAUGACUUUUUAUAUUAUGCUGUGCACAUGGAGCAACAGUGGAGCUCUUAUUUCUUUUGAUCACUUUAAAUCAUGAGCAUAAAGAGUUUUUUUACUAUCGACAGAAAACUGUUGUAGCAGGACACAUGGUACAAUCAGGGCUAACCCAUGGAAACUGGGUCACUCUGGGAAAAGCUGUCCAUCCAUUUUUCAGAAGAACCCCUGUCCUAAAAUUUAUGUAAGAUGUGAACAAGUGAAUUAUUUUUUUUAACAAAUUCAUUAAUUUGACUGCAUCAUUCAAGUCAAAUGUAAAUUUAGACAUAUUUUAUUUUUUACUGAGAAUGAUGACUCGUUAAACUAAACUUAACAAACUUUUCUCGAUCCUAGUUUUCGUUAAAAAUUAUACCUAAAUGGUUUUUUCAAAUUUUCUCAAUUCCUUAGUGAUGUAAAUCUUUGCAACUUUGUUCAUAAAUAUUCAUUUUAUUUUGGUUUGCACCGAUAAAUUGGCAGACGGUUGGUUAAAGACCAUGCUAAUCAUUUUGCCAACUAAUCACUGUCGGCCUUUUAUAUAAUUAACAUCUGGGUUUGGGAUGAAAAAUAUAUAUUAAUAUUUUUUAAAAGAAAACAUAGUAUAUUUCACCAUGUGGAAGACUUUUAUUCGAUUGCUAACUAGCAUCAAUAGAAAUAUUUUUCACCCUAUCCUUUAUUUUAUGUUAUUAAAUUAUGAUGGUGAAUAAAUGAUCAAAUUGUUAGUGACUAAACAAAGGAUUUUUUUGUAUAUAAUAUGCUUUUCAUUAGCCAAUGAAUAAUUUUAAAAAGAUAUCGACAAUAACAAAAUUAUUUUCAUGUUAUCUAUGCAGGUAUGGCUCAUUUGAUAGAGGUGAGGUGGUAGUCAAACCAAUAAGACAGCAAAGAGAGAAAUUGAAAGAAACUGAUGACAAUCAAAAAGCUUCAAAGCCAAUACAGGUGGCAUUUAGAAAGUUUAUCAUAUGCUAUAACUUUUAUUAUACCGGUACAGUAAAACUUUUAUUUACUGAUUUAGGAUAUGUAUGCAUGAAUUGGAAUUAUCAGCUUAAAAUAUUAUUUGCCACAGGUUUUGAAAUAUCACUUAUAGAAAAUUUUGUUAAAAUUUUCAGUUAUCCUCAUUUGAAGAAACCGAUAGAGGGGAGUUAACCACUGCUCAAGUUGAACAUCUACUGAGCACUCUAUGGAAUGUUUAUGAAAAAAACGACGGUCAGUAACUUAUUUUUGUUACUGACCUUUAUAAAAAUUAUAUGUUCACCUUUAAAUAUAUAAUAUAAAUGAGACAGGGGUCUCUAUUAUUGAAAAUGAAAUUGAUUCACAUUAUAGGCUAUGUUUGGAUAUGACAGUUGUGAUUUAGCUUUUAGAUGUAAUUUUUACAAUAUAAAUUCCAAUAUCUUAACAGAAGCACCAAUUUGUUUCUUCGAGUUUGUGGUGCAUCCGACUUCAUUUGGACAGACUGUUGAAAAUAUAUUUUAUACAAGUUUUUUAGUCAGGGUGAGUCUAAUGCUCAGUUCACACAAUCAAAUUGGUGUCAAAUUUCUUUCUAUCUCUUUCAAAAACAAAUUUUAUGAAAAUUUGAUCGUGUGAACUGAGCAUUAAAAGCAACAGUAUGUUAGAGGAAAUGCAGAUAUUGAUGUUAAUAAUAAAAUUAAAAAAAGAAGCUUUUCCUAAAACAAUUCAAUCUCAAGUGACUUGGUAGUUUUUGUAAAUGUGGCCCUGAAUUGUAAAUUAAUUCUUAUUUCAAUACAUUUUAUAUUAUGCUGAACUAACUUUAAGCACCUUUAAAUUUCACGAGAAACUUAACUUUUAACAGUGACAGACUGUGAUAAUUAAUGUGAUCUACAUGUAAACCCAAAUAUUAAAUGAUAUCUAAUACAGAUACACGCCUGCGAAACAAAGUGACCACAAGUUUCAAUAUAAACAUCAGUCUUUUACUUUUGGAAGUUACCUUUUUUAACAUCAGCUUAACUAUCUGGCUCAACGCGCAAAUCAAGCAGUUAUUAUAAACAUUAUACUGCAUGUUUAUUUAUUUACUAUUAAGAUAUGGUAUUUUAUGAUUUUGAGAUGAUAUUUUAUGAUUUUUGGGAGUUUAAGGGUAACCAGGUCUGCUUUGUGUGAUAUUGUCAAUCUAUCACUGUAUUGAUCUAAAAUAUCCAACAUUUUAAUCCACUCAUUGGAAUUAGCAGCUCCAUUAUUUCAAUGAUUUCUAAUAAUUCUACUUUCAGGAUGGUCAUGCCAGAGUGUUUCUUGAUGGUGAAGAUUUGCCUGUGAUAGGUAGGGGCUUGCUUUAAUGUCACCCUAUCAAUUCAUCAAUUUUUGCUUUAUCUGUAACAUUGUUAAUGAACCUUAAGUUAAGCGGGUCAGCUGAGAAUGAUGUCAAAUGUGGUUCUUCUGAACUCUCACAUGGAUUGAUGAGGCGUGGUUUUGAGUUGCUUUGCUCUGGAUCCUAUCCAAGGUUUACCCUGGCUUCCUUUUUGUUUCUUUAAUGCCGUUGUCAUCAGAAAAGUUGAAUGCAAUGGCAAUUUUAUUCGUAGUACUAAGAUUUUUUUAUAAAGGUUCCUUUUUUAUUUUUUGUGGGUGAGUUUUCUUAGUCAAUUUUUUUAUUUAAAUCUAGAACCAAUACAGAAGGGUAAAGGAGAUGGCCAUGAAGCAAAACAAAGAAGGCAGAUUGUUUUAUCAAUAACUCCAGCAGAAUGGGAGGUAAGUACAAUAUUGCUUACAAGUUUUUAGGAGGUAGGUAGGCAUGUGGUGUUUGUUGGUAUUGGGAGGGAAGAUUUUGUUAAAUGGUAGGGAUGCAUAUUUAUUAGAUGGUAUAGGAAGGCUGACAUUGUUAGAUUGAUAGGUAUCCUGUUAGGUGGUAUAAAUAAUAUGAUGUUUUAGAUCUUAGGUGAUACCGACCUGGUUACUCUCACAAUUUUGUAUUACAAUUUACGAGUUUGAUAUAUCUUUUACGAUUGUACGCAGAUGCCUUUCAGAACUAUGAUUUUAAUUUAAGAGACGUGGUUGAAAAAAAAAUAAUAACUUAGUUUUUCCAGUAAAAAAUAUAGAUAUACAUUUUUGAUUGUUAGUUUUAGCUCCUCUCUACAUCAGGCGGUGAAUGGACAGAAUAGUAUUUAUUUUUUCAUACUCUCUGAGAUGGGAAAGGGGAUGUUGUAGAUUUAAGAGCGUAUUGCGUGCAUGGUGGGGGUAGAUGUCUUACUAUUCUUGAAUGCUAUAAAAUAACAUUACCUUUUUUCAUAUUGAUGGUGAUGAUCAUCAUAAGAUUGCUUUGUAACUACAGCAACAGUAAUAUUUAGCAUAGUUGCCAUCGUGAAAAUUUAGUCAAAAUUCACUUUCUUUGUGUGGGUGCUGUAUGACAUAAUUUUGUGACAUAAUUAUUUCUUUAUUUGGCUGAACCUGAUGAUUGCGAAAAUGGAGAAAACUACCCCAGUUUGGUUCAGGCACACCUAUUGCCUUCUCCCAAUACAGCUUGCGAUGUUUAUUAGACUAUAAUAUGUUUAUGGCCCACCACGUUAAAUAUUGAUGUUUCCCAGAGUAUAAGAAAUGAAUUAUCUCUUUAUUCCAUUGCCUAUUAUUUUUAUUCUUAGCCUUAACCCACAUUUGAAAUUUAUAUGCAUUACUUUUGGACUGAUUUUUUAGGAAAAAAAAUGAUGAAAAUAAGUUAUCUUAAAUAAAAUUAUAAAACAAUUUUACCAUUUAAUUUAGUAACUACUGAAAUUAAAGGAUUAUAUUAACACAGAUAGGUAAAGGGAACCUAAUAUCCAAAUGCAUUUCUUAAAUUGCUCUCCAAUUAAUUGUAGAAAGAUACAAAAAUGCAUCUCUGCAUUUUGAAUGGAUUUUAAGAAUUCUCAAAGCUAAUUUCAGCGGCUGUCCAUGAUUUCUACUCACCCACUCCAUCUUCGUCUAUCAAAGUGACAAUUGCAGGCACUUUUUUAUUUGCAUAAAGCACUGUAUAUAAAUAUUUAAACAUCAGUCAUCUUCUUUGGAAAAUGCCUUUUUUUUUUUAGACACCUGAUGCCAAUAGCUAUUUUAUACAUUAUGCUAAAUUUAAAAAUUUUUAUUUGCUAUUACAAUAUGCUAUGGUACGAUUUUGAAAUGGAGAGGUACUACUCUGAAAGAAUAAUGUACUAUUUUGGGAGUGUCAGGGUAACCCUGUCUGGUGAUGGAGUUAGCCUUGUGUUUUUAGCUAAUAGGUGGUCUAUUUAUAUGGUGGCUAUAUUUCAUUUUAAAAAUGUAAAUUCUUGUUAAGUUUUAUAUCACCAUUGCGAAGUACAAGAAUUUUAACAUUUAAAUAAAAUUCUGCUAUCUUCUUCCCUCCAUUGUUAAUUUUUGUGUAUUUAUAAUCGUCCAUUUAUUCUUCAAUCUGUUGGGAAACAUAAUUAUAUACAUUUUUUUAAAAAACUAGAAACAAGCUAUGUAUUUUAUUUUCUGUCUCACCUUUAAGGAAAUCGUUCGGACUUUUAAUAUUGAGCAGCCCUUAAUAAGUGGUCUGAAAAAGUUAGACACUUUAAAAGGGGGCACAUCUGCUGAAGCAACACCACAACCAACGUAUUCAGGGAAGGGAAAGAGUAAAGCCAAGAAGACAUGAUAAAAUAUUAAGUUCAAUUUACAAAUGUACAAUAACAGGGAACAAGCCUCAGGUCUGUACAAUUAAAUGCUUGAUGUAUAAAUUACAGGUUACCAACCUUUUUUGAGUUGCGAACCCAUUUUAAAGAAGCAUAUAAACCCAUAGCCCCUUUGAUGAAGCAACAUGACUCCUGCAAUCCUGAUACAUUCACAAUGGGGCUAUUUAAUAGAACAAAUAGGGAAAUGUAAACACAUUGAAAAAGCCUUUAAUAUAAUUCAUUACAAUUUUCACUUAUCACAUAUUUUAUUAUAUUUUUAACUUACCACAGAUGUAAAUAUUCUAUGAUUGAAAUUAUU